UCGGCGGACAGCUGUUACAACGAGCAGGGAAAACGGUGUCCACCGAUAUAGAGGCAAUCCGAGGCUCAUAACAGGCGCAAAUUAACCCAAUUCCCUUCUUUUGGGAUGAGAGACUGCAACGAACAAAAAUAAUACCAAAUUCUAACUGUAGAUUUGUCUUAAAACGUAUUUUAUUAGGACACAUCAGUCCGCAGUUGGCGUCGUGCAGGGUCCGCCUCAAGCGCAGCGGAGCGAAGAGUUGACAACAGCCGGGAUACAGGCAAGAGGAGACACUGUGGAAUACCCAGCGCCAGGGAGCCAGAGAGCGGACCCGGGGCUGGAUGUAACCGGACUUACCCUCCCCAGCGGUUCGCCAUGGGGGAGACCAAAAUUAUCUAUCAUUUGGACGACCAGGAAACUCCGUACCUGGUCAAGUUGCCCAUCGCUGCGGACAGGGUUACUCUUGCCGACUUCAAAAAUGUCCUCAAUAAACCCAACUAUACAUUUUUCUUCAAAUCUAUGGACGAUGAUUUCGGGGUGGUGAAAGAGGAGAUCUCAGACGACAAUGCCAAACUGCCCUGUUUCAACGGCCGGGUCGUGUCAUGGUUGGUGUCAGCAGAUGGUUGUCACGGGGGUUCCGAUGGGGGCUCUAUGUGUGCAGACAGCCAGGUAGAGCUGCCACCCCCUUUGGAGAGGACCGGCGGCAUCGGAGACUCAAGACCCCCCUCUUUCCAGUCAGUAUCUGCAAAGUGUGCGAACGCUGCUGGCAGUCAGGAUAACCUGGACAACGAGACAGAGACGGAGUUGGUCGUGUCGCUAGAGAGAGAGAGAGAGAGGGAGCGGGAGAGAGACCGGGGCAGGGAGAGAGAGAGGGAGCGGAGGAAAGAGAAAGACAGUCAUGACCAUGGUGGCAGGUUGAAUGGUCACAUGCUUCCAGAGCGGGAGCCGCAGAAACCCGAGAUGGCGGGGUACGAGAGCUCGUCCACGCUGAUGAGUUCUGAGCUGGAGACGACAAGCUUCUUCGACUCUGAAGACGACGACGCUACUAGUCGAUUCAGUGGCUCCACGCAGCAGAGCACUUCAUCGAGGCUCGUUAGACGACAUCGGCGGCGGCGGAAACCCAAAGCACCACAGAUGGAGAGGUCGUCCUCUUUCAGUAGCGUCACAGAUUCCACCAUGUCACUGAACAUCAUCACUGUCACUUUAAAUAUGGAGAAGUAUAACUUCCUGGGCAUCAGUAUUGUGGGUCAGAGUAAUGAGAAAGGAGAUGGAGGAAUCUACAUCGGCUCUAUCAUGAAGGGAGGGGCGGUGGCCGCCGACGGACGCAUUGAGCCUGGAGACAUGCUGCUGCAGGUGAACGACAUCAACUUUGAAAACAUGAGCAAUGAUGAUGCAGUAAGAAUACUGAGGGAGAUUGUGCAUAAACCAGGCACUAUUACUCUGACUGUGGCUAAGUGCUGGGAUCCUAACCCUCGAGGAUGCUUCACACUGCCGAGAAGUGAGCCGAUCCGUCCCAUAGACCCUGCUGCCUGGGUGUCCCACACUGCAGCAAUGACGGGGGCGUACCCAGUGUACGGUAUGAGCCCUUCUAUGAGCACCAUCACCUCCACCAGCUCCUCCAUCACAAGCUCCAUCCCUGAGACUGAGCGGUUCGAUGACUUUCAUUUAUCCAUUCACAGCGAAAUGGCAACAAUCGCCAAAGCGAUGGCCAAUCCAGAGUCUGGCCUGGAGGUGCGAGACAGGAUGUGGCUCAAGAUCACAAUCCCCUCCGCCUUCAUAGGCUCGGACGUGGUGGACUGGCUCUAUCAUUACGUGGAGGGCUUCACUGACCGCCGUGAGGCCAGGAAGUACGCCAGCAACCUGCUGAAGGCCGGCUAUAUCCGGCACACCGUCAACAAGAUCACCUUCUCCGAGCAGUGCUACUACAUCUUCGGAGACCUCUGUGGCAGUGAGUGCAAGAUAGAUAUGGCUAACCUCUCUCUGGGAGACCACGAUGGGUCGAGUGGGGCGUCCGACCAGGACACUCUUGCUCCCCUGCCCCACCCUGGGGCUGCCCCCUGGCCCCUGGCCUUCCCUUACCAGUACCCCAUCCCACACCCUCUGCAUGAGCCCCCCCAAAGCCAACCUGGAAGGGGGGGGAGUGCAGGCAGCCAGCACAGCGAAGAGAGUCGUAGCAGCGGCAGUAAGAAGGAAGAGGCUGCUGGGGGGGCAGGCGGUGGCGGCGAGUCCAAGUCGACAGGGAGCGGCAGCGAAUCAGAACUGAGGAGGGAGAAUGCCCCCAGUGAGCGCUCAGUGGUGGUGCCCCCUAGCGAGCACAGCAUGCACAGCCUGAUCAGCUUGGCCCACAGUGUCCACAGCACCCAUUCCCACAGCGGUAGCCUGGUCUACGGACCCCCCGGCCUGCCGUCCCAGCCCCCGCCUUCCCUCCCCACCACGGCCCCCCCUGGGUCGCCCCCGGGCCGAGACCUAGCCUCCGUGCCCCCCGAACUUACCGCCUCGCGGCAAUCCUUCCGCAUGGCCAUGGGCAACCCCAGCGAGUUCUUUGUCGAUGUCAUGUGAUGUGUGCGUUAGGUGAUCCAGAGGGCGGAUCCUCGCUGCAGGUGUUCAGGACGUCCUGGUACGGAGAGGAAGGAGGUAGAGGCUAAGAGAAAGACAGGUGGUGCUGAGAGGAACGUGGUUGUAACUGCUCUCCUUCUGUCUGUCUGUCCCCAGUCCUGUGGCGCCUGUACUUUCUUCAGUGAAGAAAAUCAGAGUGGAUGCAGCUCUCUCUCCUUGAUCCCCAUUAGACAAUUUUGUUAAUAUGUUCUUUUCGACAUCAGUUUGAGUGUGUGUGUAUAAGAGUCAGUGAAUAUGUUGUUGGAAUUGAAUGUUUUGUUUUUGUCAUUUUCUCCCUUUUCCUCUACAUGGUCUGUCCCAUUCAACUGUGAUCAAAUCUCCGUGGACCCUCCAUUGCAACCCCUCUUUAAAAAUCAAAUCAACACUGUCCAUUAGAGAGAGAGAGAGAGAGAGAGAGAGAGAGAGAGAGAGAGAGAGAGAGAGAGAGAGAGA